CCGGCCGUUUUUAUCGGUUUCUUUUUGUUUAGCGUACCGAGUGUCGGAGGACUGAAGUUGUGAGCUUUGAGCUGAAUUGGCUCUGAGUUUAGCGUGUCGGCUGGGAGAUAAUGAAGAGGAGCACUUCCAUGCGGGCUGGAUUAUCGGCGCGUGUAACAAAAGACCCGCUCACCUCCUCCUCCUCCUCCUCACUCCUGCUGUUCUGUCGAGCUCCUGCCCCAUUCUGACCGGGGCUCUGCUUCAGCUUUGGGCUUUUAGUUGAGGCGUUUCACUUGAGUUUUCGUGUUUUAUUCGGUGAAGACGAGUGACCCGGUUUCGCUCCUCUUUCUUUCAGAGUGGAAGCGGAGAGAAGAGAUGCCGCUACUCCACAGAAAGCCUUUUACCCGACAGAAACCUCCGGCUGAUCUUCGACCGGACGAAGAAGUGUUUCUCUGUAAAAUCACUCAUGAAAUCUUCAGGACCUAUGAUGAGUUCUUUGAGAGGACCAUCCUUUGCAACAGUCUGGUGUGGAGCUGUGCUCUGACGGGCCGAGCCGGCCUCACCUACCUGGAGGCCGUGGAGAGCGAGCAGCGAGCGAAGCAGAGCCUGGAGAGCUUCCCUCAGGCCCUGGUGGUACCAAUGCUCCACCUGGCUGCUCUGAGCCGCCACUGCAGGCUGUCGGAGCUCUGUGAGGACGUCUACGGCUUCGUCAAAGAUCGUUUCUUCCCAGGAGAGAUAGUGGAUGUGAGCGGACGCAACGGAACUAGGCGUGUGUGCGAGAUCGUGCAGGUGCUGUCACUUUACGCUUGUGCUAACGGAGCGCCACUCACUAACCGGCAAAGCAAGGCAGCAGACAGCGACACCAUUGUGAUUAGUGACAGCGACGAUGAGAGCGACGUCUUCCAAAGCCCCACAGCACAUCUCAACGGUGGAAAGAAGCCCUUGAGUCCAUCAGCGUUUAAUUACAGAGUGAGGAUUGUCAAGGAUGAAAGCGGUGAACCUUUCACGGUCAAAGCCAGUCAAAUCAGUCGAAAGAAAACGAUCCUAUCCAGAGAGAGACUGAAACUCCUCUUCAAGCAGCAUUGUGAGCCUCAGAGGGGAUGCAUUGUUCUAAAGCCUUCUACAGUGAAGAAGUACAGACUGUCUGAACAGACCUUCUCUCAGUUCUUCCCUGAUGAUCCCCCCAUUUUUCCCUUCAGCCUCCACUCUAAUGGCUCCCCUGGACAGGCGUCGUCAAUAAAUGUGCUGGAAGAGAAGCUGAUGCUGCUGCAGAGGCGGGAAGAGAUGGCUGCUGCAGGCUAUGAGAAGGCCCGGCUGAAGAGGGAGAAGGAGGAGGCGCAGGAGGCCAGAAGGAGGGAGCGAGAGGGCAAGGACAGGCUGAGAGAGGAGCAGAGACAAAGGUUUGAGGAGGAGAAGCAGAGGAAGAGGGAAGAGAGGGAGCGCAGGAAACUGGAGAAAGACAGAGAACGAGAGAAGCUGAAGGAAGAGAAGAAGAAAUAUGCUCAGCGACUGAAGCUGUGGAACAAACCCAGAGAGGACAUGGAGUGUGAAGACUUAAAGGAGUUACCCAGCCCAAUGCCGGUGAGAACCCGUCUUCCUUCCAAGCUUUUUGGAGAAGCUCUGAUGGUGCUGGAGUUCCUGCGAGCUUUUGGUGAGGCCUUUGACCUGAAAGAUGAGUUCCCUGAGGGAAUUACUCUGGAGGUUCUGGAGGAGGCUCUGGUCGGCACUGACCCAGAAGGUCCUUUGUGUGAGCUGCUUUUCUUCUUCCUGACGGCCAUCUUUCAAGCUCUGGAUGAGGAGCAGGAGGAGGUGGCCAAAGAUCAGGCUGAGGACCUGUGGGAGGCUUUGGAUGACGACUCUGAUCCCACUCAGUCGGCUCUGACUGCUGUCGCCUCAUUGGCUGCAGCCUGGCCUCAGCUGCAUCAGGGCUCAGGGCUCAAACAGCUGGACCUGGACAGCUGCACGCUCUCCGAAAUCCUGCGCCUCUACAUCCUAGCCUCUGGCGCUGAUUGUAACCAUAGCAACGCAAAGUUCCGCUACCAGAAACAAGGUGGUUUCACUGUCAUGGACGACCCAUGCGUGGAGCUGCGAUUGUCUGACCCAGCGCUGCUGAAGAGGUUGUCCUGCACUCCAGUGUAUGACCUCACACCAGCGGAAAAACUGAAGAUCCUUCUUGCUCUGGUGGGGAAGCUGUUGACUCUGGCUUCCAGCAGAGAUCUGAUAGAGGACUGUGUGGAUGAACAAAAGGCAGCCAGACAAGAGCUGAGAGAGAUCAGAGCAGAACAACACCGCCGAAAGAGGGAGGAGAUCGCUCUAAGGGCUCGUGUUCGAAAAGAGGAAAAGCUGAGGGAGCAGGAGCUGAGACUGAGGGAGAAAAAGGAGCGACUGAAGGAAAGACUGCAAGCUAAUGGUGAGAUGGCUGCUGAGGCUGAAGGAGAACAGCGCGAUAAGAACGCUAAAGAAAAUGGUCUGUCCAGCACCCUGAAAACAGGUAAAGCGGGCCAAGAUGAAGACGGGCAACAGCAGCAAAUGCAUUCUGAUUCCAAACCCUGCGGCCUUUCCUCCAACCUGAGCCCAGAGGAGCUGGAGAAAGAGCAGGAAAAGGUUCAAGAGUUGCUGCAGCGAAUCCAGAAGGCGGCCGCCUGCACCUGCCUGCUUCCUCUGGGUAAAGACCGGCUGUUCCGCAGGUACUGGCUCAUCCCCUCAGCCUGCGCUCUGUUUGUGGAAGAGGACUUCUUUGGCCUGACGGAGGACAUGCUGCUGCCAUGCCCCAAACCUUCUGAAGACGCUGCAGCUAAUAUGGAGGACACAAAAGCUGAGACUGAACAACCUGGAGAAAAUGCUGGUUCCAGUCUCAGUGCGCAUGGAGUACCGGUGAACCGUCCCAACCAGUGGUACUUCUACAGUUCCAUAGAGGAGGUGGAUCAGCUGAUCGAGGCUCUAAACCCUCGAGGUCACAGAGAGAGUGGCCUGCGGGAGGCACUGCUGCAGGACAGAGACAAGCUCCAGCUGCUGCUGCAGAGCUGUGACCAGAGCAAAUACAGGCUCCUCACCACGCAGCCAGGCAACACGGAGCGCUCAUCCUGCUCUGCAUCAGCUGAGUCCCGGAUGGAGGUCAGGUUAAGAGACCUGCUGCUGGACCUGGAGGACCGCAUCCACCAGGGGUCCCUGGGAACCCUGAAAGUGAUGGACAGACAUGUUUGGCGCUCUGCGCUGGAAGAGGGAAACUACGAGCUUCUUGCGUCUGAGGGCAAAGAAAACUGCGUGAUAAAUGGACAGGUGGAGCCCAUGGAGGUGGACUCUGGCCACAUAAAAACCAGAGACAGAGGCAGUGACAGGCUGCAGGAGCUGAAGUCUGAAGCCACUGGGAGGACCAGCGGCAGUGAGACUCCUCAGGUGAUCAGCAGCUCGGUUCGAGUUCUGGCUCAGGCCCUUGGUCAUAUUGAGCAAGGGAUCGAGAGACGCUUCCUCAAACCUCCACUGGGUGAUGAAGACUCAAAAAAGGACCAGAAAGUUAAGAAGAACAAGAAGAAAGAUGAAGACCAAGCAUCUGACGAUGGCAGCAGUGACGGUGGUCGGGUCGGUAGGACGGUGCUGGACCGAUGGAGGGAGUCGCUACAGGCCUGUUCAAGCUCGUCUCAGGUGUUUGUUCACCUGUCCAGUCUGGAGCGAAGCGUCCUCUGGUCCCGCUCGGUCCUCAACGCCCGCUGUCGCGUCUGCAGACGCAAAGGAGACGCAGACAGCAUGCUGCUGUGUGACGGCUGUGACCGAGGACACCACACCCACUGUCUGAGGCCCCGCCUCAAGCAUGUUCCAGAGGGCAGCUGGUUCUGUCCAGACUGCCGACCCAAACAGAGAUCCAGCCGCCUUCCGUCCAGACAGCGCUCCUCCAUAGACGAGGACGAGGAGGAAGAGGAUGAAGAGAAUGGGGAAGAAGAUGACUCUGAAGAGGAAGAAGAGUCGGAAGAGGAGGAAGAUGAUGAGGAGGAGGAAGAUGAAGAGGAGGAGGAGGAGGAGGUGGUAGCUGUGAGUGCCAAAAAGAGCCAGGCUGCACCUCCCAAAGGCAAACCACAACAAACCACGCCCAAAACACAACAAACCACACCCAAAGGUCAAGCCGCCACGCCCAAAGGUCAACAAGCUCCGCCCAAGAGCAGCACUACUUCAUCAGGGAAAAACUCUUCAGCCUCCAAAACCUCAGGGAAGAAAGCUUCUGCAUCCUCGUCCAAAGCAAACACGACACCGAGCGAUAGAGCGCCGUCUCGCUCAGGACAGCGAGCUAGCACCCGCCUGAGUAACGAGAUUCCUGCCCCAAAGAGCAACGUGAAAACCUCACCUGGUCAGAGGGAGGUCAGCAAGAAGCCCUCAGCAGAAGCUACACCUCCCAAACCAUCAAAAACCGUCCUCCCAGUUCUCCCAGCAACGUCUUUGUCCUCCAGCCGACGCUCCUCUGGGAGGAAUCAGGGUGUCCACGAGCUGUCAGCCUGUGAGCAGCUGACUGUGGAGCUGGUCAGGCAUGAAGACAGCUGGCCUUUCAUGAAGCUGGUGUCCAAGACUCAGGUUCCUGACUACUAUGAUAUCAUUACGAAGCCCAUCGCUCUGAGCACCAUCAGAGAAAAGGUCAACAACUGUGAAUAUCAGACAGCAGGCGACUACAUCUCCGACGUGGAGUUGAUGUUCUCCAACUGCCUUCAGUACAAUCCUCGCCACACUAACGAGGCGAAGGCCGGCGUGCGCCUGCAGCAGUUUUUCCACUCGGCGCUCAACCGUCUGGGCCUCAGAGAGCGAUGCUCCGCUCCACCUGCCAAACGCUCCCGACAGUGACCUCGCCACCGUACGUCCUGCUGCUGGCUCCGGGGCCCCACACAUACAGACCGACUCUCACAAAGUAUUGCUGUUGUUUCCAGAUUAUUCCUUGGUGACCUUUGACCCUAAUCAGCUGGCGGAUGCAGCCAAGAGUUGAAAUAAAUGAAAGAGGGCAUUCAAAACGGUGCAAAUUUAAAAGUUGAUGAGCAGAUAUUCCACAAAGGUGGAGUUAUCUCAGAGUUUAUCCUCGGUUACGUUGGCCUGAUGUGUUACUUCUGUUACGUCUGCUGUGAGACGACAACGUAGUAGAAAAGCUGUGGGCUCCUUCCUGAGGCAGUUGGGUCUGCGGGGAAUUUCUCUGACCGUAUCAGCAGACGUGUUGAACACACAGACUUGGUGCUGUAGGACAGUAGAGCCAGUAGAGUCCCUGCUAAUUCCCCACCUUUUGAAAAGCAAAAACCACUGAGGAACAUUUGCACUGACCGGUAAGACUCGCACGAGGUUUCUUAUGUUUUGCUCAGGGACAGAAUCUUUGUUAUAAAUGAAAACGUGUUUGUAUCAAGCAGCAGAUUUUCACUCUUGUUAUGCCACUGGUGCUCAGCGUUCAAAUAUAUGGAAGUCUGGUGCUGCCAAAAUCAAAAUGAUCAAAUGUACAUAGGUGUGAACUGGCCUAAUUGGGUAUGAGAGAUGGCAUUGUUUGCAUUGAAACAAUUCUUUCAUACUUCAAUAAAUAGUCACUGUUAAACUAAAAACUAAUGGACAUUCUUACAACCACAAAAAAAAGGAAUUGUAGAAAUAUUUAGUACUUAAAAACAAAAAAAUCUGACAGUAUUUUUUUCUGUCAUUUGUGUUCCUCUCUCCCAGCAUACAGAACCAUGAUCAUAUAUUAUCAUGGUUUCCUCGAUGCUCUGAGGUCAGCUAUUGAAAACCACUAUAUAUAUAAAUAUACAGAGCCAGUUUGCAGUGUAAAAAAAAAAAAGAGUAGUUUUUUUCAUACUUUGAUCAAAGUUUUUAUUUUUUAUUUUGGCAGCAAUGUAGCAUUUUCAAGUGUACAUAAAGAAAAUUAAAAUGAAAGCCAUACAUUAUGGAAAGAUGUCUGUUAAAAUGCCUUAAAGAUCAGAUCCUAAAUCUUUUUCUUUUGCAAAUAAAUAAAAAAAUUACUAAUAAAUUAAUAAAUGUGAUACAUUUUAAAGACAUUGCGUUUGUAAAACAUUUUGAUUUGGCUGUUAGACUAACAGUUUUUUUUAUGGGGCAUUAACAUGCAGAACCUUCUAAACAUUCAGACUUUAAAGUUUUUUUUCCCCGUCUGACAUUUAAAAAGUGAAUUAUACUAGACAUUUAAAAAUAGUUACGUCAACCAUAAGCAACAACUGAUUUUUAAAGUGAGGAAACCACAAUUCACUUUUUAAGGUUAGGAGAGGAGUGUCUGAAUGUGAGGAAAACACCUGUCCUCCUGGAAAGGUUGGACAUGGAUUUAGUUCCUGGCAGCUGACCCCGCCUCUCAGGGAUUGGUGUUCUGUUAUUGGCUCAGAGUUUCACAUGGAACUGGGAUGUUUAGCAGUCUGAAGUAUACAACUAUAAGAUAUGAGUGGAAGCCCAUGCCACUCUGCAGUCCCAAUCUGUUUGCAGUAAUGGCUGCUGCUUUAAAACAAAAUGAAAGACUUAAGGUUGAGAGAGGAGAGGAACACCAAGCUGACCUUACAGGCAGAAAAUAAAAUUUGGAAGAAGAGCGGUUCUGCUGAUGACUUUAGUUUUUGCAGAUAUAUAGGUCUCAAAAACAUGUCUGUUGAUUUCCAUCUUCACACAUUUUAAUUGUGUUGUUCACAUUCCUUUUUAAAAUUUGAGUGUAAAGUUGGGCGUCUCUUCCUGAGAGAGAAAGCAAUUUCGUUCUAAAAUUGUGAAUUGUUCCUUUAAGACCUCCAGUUGCUGCAGUGGGCUUGUAGUUUUAGUCGUUUGUUGUUUUUUUGUUGUUUGUUUUACUACUGCACCAUUUCCUGUCUUUGAUGUUCUGCUACAUUUACAUUCCCACUCCCUGAUGCUGAUGGUGGUGUGUCAGCUGUGGACACUACACUGGAGCUACUGCAGCCAUCUCUCACUGCUCUGUAUCUGUAUUUAUUUAGUUGAAGCAUUCAUUUCACUGUCUUUAUUUAUGACUGCUAGUUGCCCUCAACUUCUGAUGUUCUGAUGUAAAAAAAUAAAGUGAGUUUUUACUGAGA